AUUUACAGUUAUUAGAAAAAUGGAAAAUAUUAUAGCAAACAUUGAUGACAUUCGUUUUGAUAUUGAAAUUGCAUUAGAAGAACAGCUUGGGAUACAACCUCUUCCAUUUCCUGGAAUGGACAAAUCUGGUGCAGCCAUUUGUGAUUUUUUUAUAAGUAAUCGCUGCACUCGAGGACAGUUAUGUCCACUACGUCAUAUUAGUGGUCAUCAAAUGGUUGUAUGUAAGCAUUGGUUGAGAGGUUUGUGCAAAAAAGGAGAUAACUGUGAGUUUUUACACAAGUAUGAUAUGGAAAAAAUGCCUGAAUGCUACUUUUACAUAAAAUAUGGUCAGUGUAGCAAUAAAGAAUGUCCGUUUCUUCACUUGGAUCCAGCUGAUAAAAUAAAAGACUGUGCUUGGUAUGAGAGAGGUUUCUGUAAGCAUGGACCUCAUUGUAAAAACAGACAUGUUAGGCGCUUAAUGUGCAUAAACUACAUGUGUGGUUUUUGUCCUGAUGGUAAAAAGUGCAAAUAUGCACAUCCAAAUUUUGAAGUGCAACUGUUAGAAGAUCGCAAACCUUUUUCACACAUUGUGUGUCAUGCUUGCGGUGAGCAGGGGCAUAAAUCUACUCAUUGUGCUGUUGCAAGAAGGUUAGCUGCUGAAGCUGCUAUGAGAGGAGAAGCUGUAGCACCCAGCAUAGAGCCUUUAAGUUAUAUAUCCCAAGAAAUAUCGCAACAACAACAAUUCAUAUACUCAUCAGCACAGAAUCAGAUCUCUGGUCUUCCUCGUGGUAUUUUACCAAGUAUUACGAACAAUUCUGUCAUGAAAACUGCUGAUGCAGGAGCAGCUUUUGUUCCAUUUGGUAAACGCCCCCUAGAAUUUGUUACUUGUUACAAGUGUCGAGGAAAAGGACAUUAUGCAAAUCGGUGUCCUUUUACAAGUAUUCAAAGACCUACUGGUAUGCCUAACUCAUUCCGUUCACCGAAUCCGAUGUUACCUCUUCCAUAUGGUCAAAGACCUUUUCUAAACUCUGAUCCACAUCAAAACAUGUUUCAUCAACAAUUGCUUCAACCAUAAAAAUGAAGAAUCUUAAACUAAAUUAUUACAAAGAAAAAAUAUUUUGAAUUAAUGAGAUGUUUACAACAACAUUGGUACUGCUUUAUAAUGACUUUAAAUUCCUUUUCAAGUCUUCAGUUUUUAUUACGAAGUCGUUUCAGAUUUAACUUUUGGAACCGAGUUUUAGUGAUUUGCUACUUUUGCACUUCUGGUAAAGUAUAAGUGUGUGAAUAAAGAAUAGUGUUUGUUAAGGGAUUAUAAGAAAAAGUGCUUUUGAACAACGAUUAAAUUUUCUUUCACGAUCUAAUGGAAAAACCUCUAAAAGAAAAAAAAAGUUCUUGUGGCACUUGAUGAAAUGUUUAAAAAAUACAAAGCGAAAUAAAUACUAUUUUUUA